UGAAGAUGGAGGAAUAUCAAGUGGACGGUUCCUAUAAAGAGGAGGGGACCGUGCAAAGCUUGAGCCCAAUUUCGAUGGCGGAGAUAAAUUCAUGUAUUGAUUUGUCUAAAUAGCAAGAGAGAAAGCAAGCAUUGAAACGGACGCCGGAGCCUUUCCAGAAUCUCUGUAAUAGCUCAUCUACUCUGCUCGAUCGAUUUUGCGUUUUAUAACCAUGCAUGUUCUUUCGUUUAGUAAUAAACAGUGCGUUCGUUUGAAGGGAUUGGGAUUUUGGAAGAGCUUCAUUUCUAUUUUCUUCAUUAUCCCACUGGAUUGUUGUUUUCUUGUGCUAUUCUCAAAUGAAAUGGAAGAUUUCUUGGUUUGAAUUGUGAAAAAUUCCCUUCUGCCCGGUCCAAGAGAAGAAGAAAAGCAUGAAAAGGAGCUGCUUUCUAUUGGCUGAUAGGCGAAACAGUUCUUUCGCUUGGUGACUGCAAGAUUCUGAGUGGUUUAUGCUAUGCUAGUUUGUCAUGGGCUGCUAUUAUUCAAAGAAACCUAAAUCUCCAGGGUACGAGGAGCCCACUGUUCUUGCUGCAGAAACACCUUUUACAGUGAGCGAGGUAGAGGCAUUAUACGAGCUUUUUAAGAAACUGAGCAGUUCAAUUAUUAACGAUGGACUGAUCCAUAGGGAAGAAUUUCAGCUCGCAUUGUUCAGAAAUAGAAAUAUGAAAAAUCUUUUUUCAGACAGAAUUUUCGAUUUAUUUGACCUGAAACGAAAUGGGGUUAUUGAAUUUGGGGAGUUUGUCAGAUCCUUGGGCAUCUUUCAUCCUAAUGCCUCUAUUAAAGAUAAAAUUACAUGUGAGAGCUUAUUCCAGAUAUUUUUAUUUUCAGUUGCUUUUAGGCUAUACGAUUUGAGGCAGACAGGGUUUAUAGAGCAACAAGAGUUGAAGGAAAUGGUUUUGGCUCUUCUACAUGAAUCAGAGUUGAUUCUUUCGGAUGAUGUCAUUGAAACAAUUGUGGAAAAGACAUUUAAUGAAGCCGACAUGAAGGGCGAUGGAAAGAUCGAUGAAGAAGAGUGGAGGGAGUUUGUGAUGAAGUAUCCAUCAUUGAUCAAGAACAUGACAUUACCAUACCUAAAGGAUAUCACCACGGCAUUCCCAAGUUUUGUAGCAACUACAGAAGUCGAAGAUUCAGAUAUGUAGACAAGUUUUUGGUGGUUUUCAGAGUAUAUGAACAAGAACGCCUGGGACGAUAGCUUAAAGAUACCCCACCAAUAUGUGAAGUCUGGAGCGAUUUGGGAAGAAAAGAAAUAGGUAUUCUCUGAACUGUACGUUUAGGAAGAUCUAAAUUAGGCAUAUUAUAGAGUUGCAUUAUUACUUUGUGCAUAAGAACGAAGAAACUUUGAUGCUGAUUAUAAUUGAAGUGCGAAGUGUAUAUGCAUAUUCAUAGUCUGAGUAGCCUGAACCUGGAGUACAGUAACUUAAUAGAAGUCUUAACCAGAGGAGUUAGAUUGAGUGUUGAAGUAAGCGGAAGAAAGGGGGUGAAGGUGUAAUGGAAACAAAGAUAUGAAUAAAAGGAAGAAAUUUCAUUGCA